CCAUUUCUUGCGAACGCAGCAAGGCCAAAUAGCAGCAGAGAAUUGUUGAAUACACGGCGUUGCCUGGACGCGUUUGAGAGUCAUUUCCUUAUUUGAUGAGGAAAAAGGAAUCGGGUGUGAAAUUUGGUGUUUAAAAUUCGAUCAAAACAAGCAGUACAAACGAUAAUAGGUUAAUCGCGUUAAAAGCACCUCCUUCCAAGGUGCAAAGAGAAGUAAAGAAGGAGAAGAAAAGGAAACGCGUUGUUGUUGUGCAUUUGUAGCUUCGCUUUGGCAACAGUGAAGUAACUCGUUUGUGAAGUGAACCAAAUUGCUGUGAAUCUCGUGCUGCUGCGUGAUGGUGAAAAAUUGUUCAUAAAACAGUGCAGCGGGAAAUGGGAAAUUAAUAUGUUGUGUGUGUGACUCCUCCCACGGAUCCAUGCAUCCCGAUACUCCCGGCACAUGGCUACCUCCCUACCAAUGGCCCUGAACACACCGAAGCGUCUCAAGACGGCUGUGCCGCCAUGCGCCAACUAUUUAACCACUCCGCCACCAUCGGUGAGCAUCGGAUCGCCACCGAUCGGGACACCGACGAUGGCGAACGGGCAGUCGCACCAAACCAUCACCACCAGCGGCACCACUCCGCUGUACGUUGCGGGCCAAUCGCAGCAAACCUGGAACCACAACAACAACAACAACAACCACUGGCCCAGUGAUGCCACCACCACUCCGACGUCCAGCUGUGGCUCACCGGACGGGCAUUGGAACCGGAGCUACGGUAGCCAAGGCACACCGCACACCUGGAACACGUCCAGCGGUGGCAGCGGGUCGGCCGAAAAGCCGGAAAGCAAGCGCGGCCGGCCGCGCUCCGAAGCACUGACGACGCUCAUGGUCGAGGGUUCGAUUUCGCCGUCCUCGAUUAAAUGCCACUACUGCAAUCGUGUCUUCCCGAGGGAAAAAUCUUUGCAGGCACAUCUCCGCACGCAUACAGGUGAACGUCCCUAUCAAUGCGACUAUCCUGGCUGCAAGCGUGCCUUCACGCAGAGUGGUCAGUUGAAGACGCACCAACGGCUUCACACCGGCGAACGUCCGUUCAUCUGCUCCGUCGCUCACUGCCAGAUGCGAUUUACGCACGCCAAUCGCCACUGUCCGGACCAUCCGCUCGAGACGCUGAAACGGUGCGAUGAUUUUGUUAUACAGGCGCUGCCCGAACAGAACACUGAGGUACUUAAAUGGCUGGAGAAGUAUCGAGCCGAGCGCGAAGAUCGCACGCCGACGCGCAAGACCCCCAUCAAACGCACCAACUCGCCCGACGGAGUGGGGAGUGGUCCGGAAAAUGGCAACGGAGCCGCCAGCAGUGCAACGCAAAAUGAAAACGAAAACCGGCGGCAAGAUACGGCCCAGCGCUCCGCCACCAACAACGAGAACCAUCUUCCAUUGGGCGUUAAUGGAAGCGGUAAUGGUUUGUCGGGGGGCGUUUCUACCGGUAAUGGAGCACUCGGCAACAACCACCAGCUCCUAGCGUCACCGGUUACACCAAACAAUACGUACAAAUCAAUCCGCAAGGGGCUGAUGGAUAUGAACGCCUGCAUGGGCCUAACGAGCCCAGUAACGACCAAGGCGAAGAACUCGCUGCCGAAGUUGAUCCAGUGGCAGGAACCCACCAGCCAGGAGGAGAACGAAUCCGGCGACGAAUGUUGCGUUCCAUCGAAACAGUCCACGUUCAAUCCGAAGAAGAAGUGGUUGCGCGACGCCUGGCAGGAGGAUCUCGCGAAGCCACUGGAACCGAACCUGAUCUCGCCAAAGCUGUUCGCGUCUACGACCUCCACGAUGGCACUGAAGCAGCAACUGCACCAGGAAAGUGUCGUCACCAUCUCCCCCUCCAAAAGGCAGCUUCUCGGCGUGACCGGACACAAUAAGCCACUGCCACGGAUGGAAGGGAUCGGGCAUAGCACUAGCGCCCCUGCUCCGGUCGUAACGAGCGUUGCACCGCCACCACCCGUUCCGUUCAAUCCGAAUCAAACUCGACCAACGGUGCUAAUGGUAGCGAGCAAGGAUAGUGCUCGGCCGCUUUCCGUCAAGCCAGCAGCGGAACUGUUGGCAAACGAGAUCACCGCCAACGGUACCUGUUUAUCGCCAAAACCGGAGGAAAACAAUCGCAAGCUUCAGGGGGCUUUAGCUUUAAUGCAGCUCGCAGCGAAGGAUGCUUUCCUGCAAGAUGCUUAUGAGGUGCCGAGCGUGCCGGAAGCUUUACUAGCGAAUGGAACCACCCUGCUGUGCGGUGGAUCGCCAGUCGAACCAACAAACAAUGGAAGUACCUUGGCAGUGAACGGUUUCACCACAACGGAAGCAACCGUACAGGAAAAGUGUCCUUAAACGAAAUGAAAAGAAAGCAAACUGCUUUUGCCACGGUACGGUGGUGUGUGUGUUUGCCUGAUUGUUCUUGCCUUGUCCCCGCAUGUUGUGGUCCGCAAAGUAGGGAAAUACUUCCCUAUAGACAAGUUCCAAAGAAAAGAUAAAUCUUCCGGGGACUGACGAAGAUGAUAGUAAAAAGACAAAAUCAGAGAGGCUGGAAGGGUAAAUGUAACUCACGAUGUACAUGUCAGUUAAAAGUUUACCUAGAGAUUUUAUAUUCGUAUACAGAAUGUGUGUUGUUAGCAAGCGGCAAAUGGAAAUUCAAAAAACCGUUAUCUGAAGAUUUAUUAGCAAACAAACAAAAUACUUUUUGACAGAAUGUAAUUGUUAUUCUGCUUUUUUAAACAAUAUACAAUUUCAAAAGUUUUUCAAUGAUCACGUUUUACAAAAAAAAUCAAAAAACCAAAAACGAGAAAUAUUAUCAACAAAUAAUUGAAAGUGUAUAGGAUUGAGCAAGUAAUCACAUUAUUUCGAUAAACAUUUAAUAUUUUCCACUUUAUAAUACCAACCUUAUUCGCUUUAUGAAUCAUUUAUUCCCAGUGAGUUAGUUAGGGAAGUUUGAAAAAAACCCUCAUGUUUCUUUAUUUUUAUUUGUAAACGGCAAUUGUGUAUUACUGUUAAAAAAAAAGCCGCGAUGAAUUCACUUCUAUUUAAAAUACCGUCUCUCUCACACUCACUCACACACACAUCCGUUAUUGAGAUGCGCGCUGCUUGUUUUUUGAGCCCUGGAGAAUUUGAAGAGUUAUUUAUUUUUAUAUUUUUUCUUUAUUUUUUUAACUAGUGAACAUCUAUCUCAUACGGUUUGUUUGGUAGGCACGAUUUGAUUUGUUAAUUCUGAAGUGUACAGAAAUGAAUUUAUGCUAAGCGAUUAACAAAUAGCUGCCGAACCGAAUUGUCUUUUUUUAUUAUUAUUUUUGCGCGAAAGAUUUGAAAAUACUGAAAUGAACCGAACCGAUUCGCGUUGUACUUGAAGAAACUAGUGUGUAAAUAUUGAAACAAGAAGCAAAAUGUACAAUAAACACAUGUACCGAGAUGAAAUAACCAACUAA